AUGUCUCUUUUCACAGGUAUAUCAAGUCUUUGUACAGUAGCUGUCAUUUCUGUUGAACAUUACAUCGUGCUGUGUUAUCCCAGGGGGGCUGUUCUUUUCCAGACCAGGCAUGCAGUCGCAGGCGUGAUCCUUUCCUGGGUUUGGUCAUUUGUGUGGAACACCCUGCCUCUGUUUGGAUGGGGAAAUUAUGAUCUGGAAGGAGUUAAAAUUUCCUGUGGAGCAAACUGUGAUGCUGCUAACGUGUCCUACAUCGUUAUCUACUUCUCUUUGUGUUUUGCGGUGCCUUUUUCCACAGUCAUAGUGUCCUACUCCAGACUUUUAUGGACCCUUCACCAGGUGAGCAGUGCACAUUCUGAAUGUACUUCUUUGCACACUGCCUUUUUCUGUCACAGUAACAUCCUCUAUGUGGAGGACUUACUACAUGUGACCUUCCUGGUCACAUGGCUCCCUUAUGCAGCAAUGGCCCUGGCUGUAAUCAUGGACUCCAAUCUUUAUAUAGACCCUGUCAUUGCCACCAUACCUGUUUAUUUAGCCAAGAGCAGCACUGUCUACAACCCCAUCAUCUAUAUUUUCAUGAACAGACAGUUUCGGGGCCAUGUCGUUCCUGCUCUUCUGUGUGGAUGGAGCCCGUGGCCCUCUGAAGCCCAGAUAUCUGAUGCUACCACCACUGUUGCUUCAGUAAAUAAAAACAACAAGGUUGUUCUGGAACAAUCUUCAAAAGAAUAAAAAAGACUUUUAGAAGCAUUGGUUUAAAUAGUGAGUUAUACAGUUACAUACUGCCACCAAACGUCAGAUAUAUUGUUAAAAAAUGUACAAAAAAACUGUGAAAAGAAACCAACCAGCUGUCUCCAUGGGUUACUAUGUUAAGUUUUGAAAUAUUUACCAUUAGCUUGCUUUUCACUAUAUUUGUUUAUCUGUACUUAAUUAUUUGAUAUGAAUGAUUUUGUGAUAUGAUGAAUUUAAUUUAUUGUCCGCUGUUUCUGUGUUUGUAAAAUUUCUUGUUAAAUUACAAUUACUAUUAGUUGUUGUUACAGAGUGCUGCCAGCUUAAACAAAUAACAGUGAGGGCCUGGUUGCCUUGCAGUGUCGCAGCAGAUUUACUAGAGAGAAGGAGAAGAGGAGGCGAGUCGCAAACUUAAGUUUAAUAAAUUAAAAGUAUGAUGGGUACCGUUUAAUUUGGAAGUGGAUAAGCCCCAAACAUAAAAAAAAUCUAAAAUUGUUUCCAGAGUUUUUUUAGACAUUCUGAACAUUUGGGUACAACAUAAUUAAUUUUUAACCGCUUCAGCAUGAGUUUUAUUAUCUGCAACAUCAUGGAACAAAACAAUGCUGAAAUUCAGCAACUUUAGCUUUUUUUUGUCUAAGCUGAAUAAUUAUUUUAAAAAUAACAAUUAAAUACAUGUCAUUUCCCUACGUAACAUACAUAAUUUUUAUGUCUGAUUCAGUGUGUUGAGCUGGAAAAUCAAAUCACAUAUAUUUAUCAUCAAGUAUUACAGUUUGAUCAGAAAGUUAUGCCACCUUCUCAAAUAAACACAUGUACAAUCAAACAAUUUCCAUGGCUUUUUAUUGAUUACAGAAAUAUUGCUAGAACUUUUAAUAAAGAAAGCAAAAAAAGGGGAAAAAAAUCUAGAAUGUGAAUAGCUGUAUCAAACCUGUACAUUUCUAUAUAUACAGAGUGAGGAAUCAUCUAUGUACAUGCUACAUACUGUCACACUCUAGGAAAAUAAGUAGUCCUUAUAACAGGUAAGGGCAUGGGAUCGCUUGACUUUGUUCUAAAUCCAUUUCAGAGAAAAUGCAGAAACAACCCAAGGUCAGUGUCCGAAGCAGAUGAAACUCAGGCCUUCUGACAGAAACGGUACUAGUUGACAAGUCAACUAACUGGUGUGUAAAAACAGUUGUGUGCUUGAACACCUGGUGCUUGGGAGGAGCGGCGUUGCUCGUCCAGUUCUGGCAGCCUGUAAUACCAAAAUGGAUGAAUGAACACUGCAGUGCCAUCCACACUUACUGGCACACCAAGUAAAAAGUAUGGAGGAACUAAAAUGAUUCAAAUUACUUAUUCUUUUUUAUUGCAGUGACAUAAUCUCACAGAAAAUUCUGCAAAAGUUCUCUAACAAUGACUUGUAGAAUAUUUUUUUACCUCCCUUAAUGUCCACGAUAACAAAAUUAACUUGAGUUCAGUUGUUUUUAAACUUAAUUGUUGUUCUAACUAUAGAUUUUAUGACUUAUGCAUACAAAGUCAUAAAAAAAUAAAAAGUUAAAUGAAAAAUUUAAAGUUGUUGCUGUAUUUAGGUUAAAAUCUAAAUACAAAAUAACUUCGGUUACAAUUAAUUAAUUGAAAUAGCUAUUAAUUUUGUAAAAGGAGUAAAUAUAAAUUACGUUUUUCUGCUGAAUGAAUAUGUUAAAAUUAAAUCAUUGUUCUACGACUUCAAAUGCACUUCAGAUUAGAUGACUGCAAUAAAAUAUAAUUUUUUUGCUGUAUUUUAAUCUUUUUUUUUCCAAUUGAUUUUGCUAUUCCCAUCUUUUUACAAAGGCGUGGCAGGACAAAUGGAGGACCCUGCAUGCCUGAGUGCCUGAAUACUGUGUCUCAGCUGAGUAAGGUUUGUUGUAUAACCUCUCUGGUCUCAGCCAGCACUUCACACUCUUACACUACACUGUGUUGUCAUUGUCUUUGCGAUGCUUUUGGUACAGUCUUCUGGUUCACUCUAUGUGUUGUAGGAUGUAAUAUUCAUGUGAUAAAAUCAUUUCCCAUGCAACACGUCCUGCAGCAGCUACUCCACAUACCAACAUAAAAACGUGUGUUUAAUACAGAAACAUGCUGAAAAAGAUGACGGGAAAGGACGCAAUGUAAGGUAGUCUCUGAACAGCAAGUGACAGUGGAGCUAACAGAGAAUGAGUGACAACACAGACUGAAAUUCUUUACAUACAGUUUAAACCAGCAUUGCAAAGGACUUCAGACCAUGAUUUGCUCUCCUGGGGAAACACGCGAUCACCUGCACCUCACCUGCACCCACAGAAUAAACACGAGCAAAAAGUCCUGAGCUCAAGGAAUGUGCAACAUGUCCCCAGCUUAUCAACCACUGUUAAGACUGAGAACAGCAUCCUGGAAUAAUCAUUGCUUCUUCUGAAAAAGUAAAUCUCAUGAUCAUAUAUACAGAUU